AUGCAAGAUUUUCCCCCAUCAUACGAACUCGCUACGACUAGGGAUGUCUGGACCAUAGUUGCCGAUUACAUCCCGUCUGCGGAUUUAUGUGCCGCCUCGCUUGUCUGUAAGAGAUGGCAUAAGAUUUUUGUCCCAUUCUUAUGGGGCGCGCCAGCAUCUCAUUUUGGAACGGAUAACGACGCUGUAUAUGUCGCCUUGACGAGAUUUAGACGGACGCUUAAACGGGCCCGCCUUGAGGUGCGCAUGUUAACUCAUACAUUCCACCUGCCCCCUGCCCUGUCGGAGAUAUAUGGAGGGCCUAGACGAUCAUGGCUUCAGGAGGUCCUACAAUAUCUUCCAAACCUCCAAUCGCUUCUCGUAUCCCAGCUGCCGUUCUUCGACCACAAUUCUCUUAUCGCAUUGAGGCCAAAAUCGAAUGAUGACACUGCUUACGAAGCAUAUGGCCUCCGAUUACUGGUGGCACAACGCGAACCGAAUACUACAUCCCUUGGUGUUAGGGAGGCUCUCCUCCGGUUCCCCUUGUUGGUUUACUUGGACUUGUCGUUCACGACCCCGGCAAAGGAUCAUGGGGUCCUGUCGGCUAUAACAUAUCUUAGACAUCUCCAGGUGUUGAAGUUGAGAGGUAUUGGGCUUAGAGAUGCCGAUCUGGAAGUUGUGGCGGACUCCAUCAAAACGCGGGUUCGGUUGUUGGACGUGCGAAAUAACAUGUUGACAGAUGCGUCGUUAAGGCCUCUUUUGCAGAAGUGCUUUUUACCCUUGGAUGUUGAUGUGUCCUCUCCCACCGAUAGAGAAGUUAAAUUCCAUUUUGAGUGGGCCUGCUCUAUAAGCCCUUUUGCGAAUAUUCUGGGGGCGGAUUCAUUGAAGAGCGAGGAUUUUGACGCCCACCUCAUGAAACAGUUAAUGAUACCCCUGACCGGCCGCUCUGAUCCUCAGGAUCUACCUCACGUUGGCAUUACGCAUCUUUACAUUUCAGAUAAUCGUCUCUCUGUCGAAGGUUUAGGCAGCUUGCUUAAAUCGACGCGUCUUCAUGUACUAGAUGGCGGGACCGUUAAAAGUGCUGGGUCAAUGUGGAAGCGCAAGGGUUUUGAACCGAUUACGGAUAAUGAGAGCCAGUGGGUUGUUGGCGUAAGGUAUCCAGGCGCUGAAAAACUUAUACCAGCACUGCGCCAUUCAGCUGCGGAGAAAUUGACCUAUCUAAGAAUUCACCAUGCCGUGGUUACGGAAAAUGCUUCUACGUCGUCCAGUGAGAUUUUUCCUACCAGGAGAACACCUAAGAGACGACCUGUUCCCCCCGCUGCUACUAUGGAACUGGACGGCUUUUACAGCCAAAUUUACGAAUUGCCGGCUGACGCUGAGCCUGUACGACACGAGCUAGCUGAUACGUCAUUUCAAAGGCCGAUGCCUGGAUGGAAACAUAAAUUGCGUAGUAGCUCUGACCCACUAUCGCCAACACCAUCUCACAGCCUCCGACUAACUCACCCUCAAGCACCACCACUGUCGCAAUUUUUAUCUGCUCAACCGCGAAGCGACUUAAUCCAGUCAUUGCUCAAAAAGCGUCCUGAAAUUAGCCAUGGCAUAGCCCCCUUUUAUCAUCCCUCUCAUACCCCACACCUCCGAACCCUUGUCCUUACUGAUGUUCCAGCCUCUGUCCCACCGUCAUCUCAUAUCAUAUCCUUCUUAACACGCUUCAUUACAUCGUGUGCGGAUGAGGCCUACCUGGCCACUCUUCAGGCGCGAUCCGACUACUCUCUACCCCCUGGCUGGCUACGUGCCAAUGCAGAGCGACAGCACGUACGAUCCCUUUUUUCUCUUGAACGGAUUAUCCUCGAGAUCACACCUGUCGCAAAGCCUGAUUCCUCGAAAGAUUCGACGUCCUGGAACCGCAGCAGCGCGGGUUUCUUCUCCAAGUCCAGCACGGAGGAUAUAGAUUCAGAGAACCUGUGGGCCGCUGCGGAGAAUGAUUUUAGUUUUUUCAGUAGGGAGAUCGAGGAGGAGUGUGGGGUUCGAGAUGAAGAGGCGAAGGACACGGAUAGCGAUAGGGAAGGUGAAAAAGAUGCUGUAUCCGUGCACUCACGGCGGAUCCCAGAACUGGAAGCUACAACCGCACCAUUAUCGCAUCUUGCCUCCGCAACCCCUCAGCCACCACCACCAGAAUUGCCACUUUUUUCUCCGCCAAAUCAGACGCCGCUUACCUCACCAUCUCCCUCGCCUUCACCGAACGGCCAGAAGAGACAGCACACCAACCCAGCCACCUCUUCCAAGAACGCAGAGAUCGACGUUGUUGCUGCUCUAGCAGCGUUCCGCAAGAUUAAAAAGGCAGAAUAUGAGGAGUUGUUGUCACGCACCAAUAAGGGGGUGCGGAAAUAUACCAAUACUUCAACCCCUGUGCUUACUCCUAUGCCUACUCCGACGUCACCGCGAUCACAACAGUCGUCGGCUUCGUCCUCGUCCUCGUCUUCGUCUUCGUCGAGUGCAUCACUGAAUUAUCCGUUAUAUAUGCAUUAUUCGAUCGACACCUUUUCGGUGGAUACAUCGGAUGCGAUUUGA